CCCGGGACUCACUCCCCCUACCAUCUGUUGGAUAAAAGCAGGUUGAAGAUGAGGACAGUAAAGCUUGGACAAACUUGAAGGAAAGCAGAAGACUUCUAUCUCCCAUGCAGAACCUCACAGAAGAGGAGAACUGAGUUUUUUUUCCUUCCAACAACAACAAACAAAACAUGAUUUCGGCUGGAUUUUUUGCACGUUCUUGGUUACUUGCACUACUGACUCUUGAUUGUGCAAAACUUGGAGGUACCCAGAAUUUUGGCUCUCUGCAGGAGCCUGACGUCCCUUUCCCUCCUGCAUUCCCUACCCUACAGAAUCUUGCUGCCAUAUGUCGCUAUGGACAGAGUCGACCCCGGUAUCCACCUAGCUUCUUUCCUCGCUCUGGUGUCAGUUUUUUCCGGCGCUGUGGAAAAGCCAUAAAUCGUUUGGAGUCUUGGUACAGCAUGUGCUGCAGUGGAGAAGUAGCCCAGCAAAACGUCCAGAUCCUGUGCUGUGCUCAGCAAGCUUGGCAGAAUGCACUCGCCAAGUUCUGUGUCGAGGAGUUUGCCGUAAUGACCAGGGCAUACCCGUGCUGCAGGAAGAGUGGAGAGGCCAGGUGGAGCUGCUUUGAUGACGAACUCCCAAACCCCUUUUACGAGCCCACUGCAGGCUACACGGCCCCCCAGAUGCCUCCUGAACCAGGGUUCACCUGGAAGCCAAACACAUGUUAGAGGCAACAUGACUACAAUAUUUUUUAUAACCUGAGCUUUAGUCUAACAACACUUCAUGUUUAAUCUAAUGAUCGAUUAUUAGAUUAUUAUUAUCUCUGGGCCGACUUUAUUUAGAUGGUAUAUUAAAGGGUUGUGGUUAGAGCUAGUAAGUGUGUUUAUAAUUAAUUGAAUAAUUAGUUGAUCUGUACACCUAGGGGGACUAUGCUAUCCAAAUUAAAUGUUACCUUUUCUGUGUACUUUUUCAUGUUUGCACUGCUUCUCUUGCCACUGAAAAAUAAAAAUAAUAUGCAAAA